CCCAAACAGGGCGAUUGGGGUGAUUUCACUGACUUGGUGUGUCUAAAAAUCCUUGGGGAAGUUGGGUUUAUUAAGAAAGGACUAGUGGGUAAGUUACACUGCGAAAAAGCUAUAAUUUCCCUAUUAAGUAUAAAACGCGCUUGAUUUAAAAGGGAACAACGUUGAGGGCAAAGUCUCAACAGAAAUUUGCAUUGUCGUUAAAGUCACGCAAUAAUACACACCCAGGCGGAUGGCAUUCCUCUCUUACAAAGGAGGACAUAAGUUGGGAAAAAAGUCCAGUAAGUUACGAUGGAAACUAUAUGUCACCGUUCAGUAAUAGGGAGUGAAGUCGUGUCUCCCUAGUGACGCAAGACGAACACAAAAUCAUCGUUUCCUCGCGGUUUUGAGAUUAGGUCGUUCGUAUUUCCUAAGGCUGUGUUCGCCACGGAAUCUUCGUCACUAUUGUAUUAAAAAUAAGUUGACUUCUAUUUAGCUUUCUUUCUUUAAUUUUAUUAGUUUCGUUUAAAUCCUCUUUUAAUUAUGUCGAAAUAUCUUGCAACAGUGAAUUAAAAGAGCCAUCUUUACUUCAUAGAUUGCAACCUCUAAUUUUAAUUUUGCAGGUGACUGAUUUUGGAUCACGUUCCCCAAUGAAAAACCUUUAGAAUAGUUUCACCUCCAAGCUCAAAUUUUUACUUUCAAUACCUCUAUUUCAGUGCACUUUCUCUUGGUCAAGUUAUUUUUGUAAAUUAGAAACUAUUUAACGAUUCAAAAAGCGAUUCAAUUUAGUGAUCUUGGUAGAACCCAUUUGUGCAUAUUUUAGAUCACUUGCUCUCUCAACGGUCCAUGUCCUCGAUGUUUAAUUAUCUGCACGUAGGGUUUUAUCAGAUUCUGCUUGUCGCCUAAAAGUUGAUUUUUUUUUAUCAUUCUCCUAUCCAGCCAUGCCGAAGCCCACAGUGUUUGUCCUUGGCUGCAGUGGAUCUGUGGGGUCUGCCACGGUGAGAGCUCUGUCUGAAAAGUACUCAGACAAAGUUAAAAUCCUAGCUGGAACCAGAGACCCAACAUUAGAGAGGGCAGUCGUGUUAAAAACCCUACCAGGAGUGACUGUCCUUCGAGCUGACAUGAAUGACAAAGAGGGAUUGCGUGAGCUGUUACGUGGCGUGAUGUCUUUGUUUAUUGUGACCCCAACCAAUGGCUGGAAACUUGCGAUUGGAGCAGCACUGGAAGCCAAGUCAUCUGGAGUUAAACACAUCCUUACUGUGAGUGUCCUUACUGUCGAGAUAACCGAUUCCAUCUACGGAAAACAGUAUGGCGAGCUGGAAUCAAGUGUGAAGGAUCUAGAUAUACCGUACACCUUUAUUCGCCUUCCUCCUUUCGUUGACAACUAUUGGGGCCACAAACAGUCUAUUCAAGAGAAGUCAUCAUUUAGUACCCCAGGGGACCCAACUAAACCUUUCUCAGCUGUUGUGGUAGCUGAUGCUGGGAGGGCUGCGGCGGCAAUCAUGGUCGAACGAGAGAAGCAUUAUGGAAAGACCUAUAAGUUGAUAAGCAAUCGCCAUACUCUGGGAGAGCUUGCUAGCACAUACAGCGAAGUCUUCGGUAGGAAAAUUAAAUAUGAACGAAUCUCUUACGAGAAUUGUAGAAAGCGUCUCAUCAACGUGGUUGGUUUUAGUGAAGAGGACGCCGAUGGAAUCUUAGAAAUCUACCGGAUGACGGAUGAAGAGAAUCCUUUGAUCGAUGAUCCCGAUAUGACACACUUGACCAAGAUCACUGGCGAAGAGCCUACUACUUUAAAGGAGUGGGUGAUUGAGGUAGCUGCAGCCUUCAAGUGACUGAGUUUUACUAUUAAGGCAUUGUUCACUAAGAC